AUGUUCAGUUUAAUAUCGCGCAACAAGUUCAGCGAGUUUGAACGGCUUUUCUUCGGCAUAGAUAGAGAGAUGGAUGAGAGUGCAGCCGUGAGUAUAUUGGAGAAAGAGGCCAAAGAGAACUAUGAAUCUUUGGCCAUUCUUUCGUUUUGCUACGAAUUUGGGAUUGGUGUGCAUAGAAACAUAAAGAAGGCCGAAUACGGGUACAUGAUAAGCUCAUCGAAGAAUUCAGGACUUGCACUUGUUAGGCUCACGUUCUUGCGCAAGUUUGGACGGCCUAGCGUGCGUAUUGACAGGCUGGAGGCGCAGAUACUGCAGAAUAAGCUGCGUACCAUCGGAUCGGCAAGCGUGGCCUGGCUCGAGAAGGCGGCCAAGCUUGGUAACUCCUACGCGCAGUACUGUCUGGGUACGUGCUACCACGAUGCACUGGGUGUGCGGCGGUGCACGAAGCGCAGCAUUGAGUGGUAUACGCGCAGCGCUGCACAGCGCAAUCCGUGUGCCAUCGGUGUGCUUGGCUUCUGCUAUCUCGAAGGCUUCGGUGUUGAGAAAAACGAACACAGGGCAUUUGCACUUUAUCUGCAGGCUGCACGCAUGAACGAUCCUGUGGCGACAUACAACAUGGGCUUUUGCUACGAAGAGGGCAAGGGCACUGUCAAGAACAUGAAAUACGCAUUCUUGUGGUACAAGCGGGCAGCCGAGAUGGGCAACCCAUUCGCACAGAACUCGCUUGGCUACUGCUACGAGGAGGGCCUUGGUGCGUACAAGGACGAGAACAAGGCGUUUACACUUUAUAGAGAGAGUGCACUGCAGGGAUAUCCGUGGGCACAGUCCAAUCUUGCGUACUGCUUCCAGCAGGGAAUAGGCGUGGAUAAGGACUUGAAAAAAAGUUUUGAGUGGUACGAACGUGCAGCCAUACAAGGCCUGUCACGCGCUCAGCACAAUCUUGGACACUGCUACCAUCAGGGCAUGGGCACAGACAAGAACGUAACGGAGGCUGUAAUGUGGUACAGAAGGGCGGCCAAGCAAAAGAAUCUUUAUGCGUUUCAUAGCCUGGGCAACUGCUACCAGAAUGGAGAGGGUGUUCCUAAAGAUGAGCGGGAAGCAGUGCGCUACUACAAGCUUGCUGCACUCAAGAAUUUUGUACCAUCGCUGAUUUCCCUAAGCUUUUGCUACCGGCUCGGUCUGGGCGUAGAUACCAACGCGUUGUCAUCAUUCCACUAUAUGAAAAAGGCCGCAGAGCUACACAACGCGUACGCGCAGAACUGCCUUGCAUUUUUUUACGAGGAGGGAUAUGGCACGAAACGAAACAUAGAGUUUGCCAUCAUGUGGUACACCAAAUCAGCAAAUGCAAACAAUCCUUGGGCACAAACCAACCUAGGCACGAUAUACUUUGAAGGCAUACACGUGCCAAUGGACCGUGAGAAAUCGGUGUACUAUUUUAAGCUGGCUGCUAACCAAGGACACUCAAGAGCAUAUUCCAAGUUGGGAUACUGCUAUGAGGAGGGUAUAGUGGUGCAUAAAAACCCUUCUAUAGCGUUCAGCUAUUACAACAAGGCUACUGAGCAGGGGUAUAACAGAGCAUACUAUGCGCUUGGAAGGUGUUAUGAACGAGGAUUUGGUAUCGAUUUUAAUAUGAAUCAAGCGCUUUCUUAUUUCUACAAGGGCAGUUUUUAUGGCGAUUUGAGGGCCCGUGAGAAGAUGAAGAAGAUUUUGGGGAGAUGUUUGAUCAAUGAAUGCAAGAUGUUUGCGAAAUGUGCGUGA